AUGAAGCGAAUAAGUCAGCCAUCGGUUUUAAACUUUUUUGAAAAGAAAAAAAAAUCUGAAAGUGGAACCACCCAAAUUAAUCAACCCUUAUCUAUGAGUUAUCCAACUGAUCCUGAAGCUUCAAGUUCUUCUGAAAAAGUUUCUUCCGUUGAAGAAGAACAUGAGCUAUUAUUUGAAAAUGAUGUAGGAAUCUAUUUAGGAAAUCCACCGACAGAUAACGAAAAAAAGUUUAAAGUUUUUCAAAAUCCGUGGAUGCCACCUUUAUCAUAUAAAUUUCCUGUGAGUGAUAAACGACGUCUUUCUUUCCAACGCCACUGGAUGGAACAAUAUUCUUGGCUCGUAUUUUCAGAUGUUGCCAAAGGUGCUCUUUGUAAAGUGUGCGUUUUAUUUGGUCGUAAUCAUGGUGGUCGUGGUGGACAAGAACUACGGUCUUUAGUGGCCAUCCCAUUUAUAAAUUGGAAAAAAGCUAAACAAAUAUUUAACAGUCAUAGUAAGGCAGACUAUCAUAUGUUUUCAGUUGAAAAAGCUCAAGGGUUUAUGACAGUUAUGACAGGGAAAACUACUGAUAUUAUAACAUCUAUAAACUCAGAAAAUAAAAAACAAGCCGAAGAAAAUAGGAAAAAAUUGAUCUCCAUUGUUGAAACCGUAAUCUUAUGUGGUCGUCAACAAAUAGCUUUAAGGGGUAAAAAUGAAACUGGCAAAAUAAAUUUAACAGAACCCCCCUAUAAUGAUGGCAACUUUCGGGCAAUUUUGCGAUUUCGUGCAAGAUCGGGUGAUAUUUUCCUAAAGGAACAUAUUUUAUCCCAAACAUCCGACAGUCGAUCAAUGUUCACGUCACCAACAAUACAAAACGAAAUUAUUGAUCUAUGUGGCAAUUUUAUUCAAGAAAAAGUUGUCAAUAGAAUAAAAAAUGCUGGGUUUUUUACUAUUCUUGCUGAUGAAACGCAAGAUAUAUCAAGGUACGAACAAUUAGCUUUAUGCAUUCGGUACGUAGACGAUUCUUCUGCAGAUAGUGUAUUCAUCAGAGAAGAUUUCUUAGAGUUUGUGCAUGUAAAAGAUGUGACAGCUUCAGCAUUGGCCACCACCAUCAUGCAAUGUAUAAUUACUCUUGGAUUAGAUAUGGAGAUGUUAGUAGGCCAAGGAUAUGAUGGCGCUGCUGUGAUGAGUGGUCAAUUUCGAGGAGUGCGCACAAUAAUCUCAGAGAAAUACCCAAAAGCUCAGUUCAUCCAUUGCUCAGCCCAUACUUUAAAUUUGGUUUUGGCACACUCUUGUGAAAUCCCAAUGAUCCGAAACUGUAUUGGUACUAUUAAGACGGUAAUUAAUUUUUUUAGACAAUCCGCGUUGCGUGAUUGUAUUCUUAAAGAUGGUAUCCGGAUAUUUCACCGCAAUUAUUUCACCCCACGACUAUUCACCGCCAACAUUUCACCGCAUUUAUAA